AUGAAAUUCUUCCAAUUAAAAAAACAUAGUGCUCCUCCUGCCACCAGCCAGCUCAGGAAUGGCUCUUCUUUGCCCCCAAUUGAUCAAUACACUCCUAGAGGAUCAUCUAUUUUGCCCAGCUAUGCAAUUGAAGAAGAUGACUUGGAAGAAGAUGACGACGAAACCAGAGCAAAUACCAUGAGAAAUAGCUUUCUAGCACAGAAUCAGAAUUUCACAUUGCGAAACAAAAACUCUCGGCAUUCGUUUACAACCAAUUAUAAUAAUUCCAGAGAUAUCGGUUAUAAAAGAGGGACCAAUGCCAAUGCCAACGCUGCCGCUGCUGCUGCUUUGAGCAGAUCGAAUUCUUUGAGAAGCGUAUCAGCAUCACAGCGACCAAGACCUUCGCAACCACGUUUGAACUCUUUGACAAACCGAGCCUCCAGCAGCCAGAAAAGAGAGUCUCAAGGAGCCCGAACGCUUUCUUUAUCGAGAAUUGAUGAGCAACCUCUAUCUCGAAGCAAUUCCCAUAGGCAUAGAAUCAACAAUAGGGAUAUCAACAACACCCCUCAACCAAUCCGAAAUCAAGAAAAAUACAGUCAUUUCACCUCACCACCCAACAAAAAGUUUAAUGAAGGGUUGUCUCAACGUCGAUCAAACUCUUUAUUGAGUAAUACUGGCAGAACCUCUUCCUUUUCUUCGCUACCUCCUAUCCUGAAUAGAAGGUACUCGAUGGCCAGUAUGCUUACUAAUAACUCUUUGGAUAUGAAUGACAUAACAAUACAAUCGACCACAACAAAACGCGGAAAUUCUGUUGUUAAACAAACAAAACUCAUUGAUUCUCAGGGAGUAACGAGAAGAAUUAUCACCAAGACAAUAAAGAAAAUUGGGGCGUAUGAGGUUGUCAAGUCUAACAUUAUCAAUCUAUCUAAUGAUGAUCCAAACUCCAGCAUUCUCGAAAAUGGCGGGUACUCUGACAUUGAUGAACUCGGAGACUUGGAGGAGUUAGAUGAUAAUUACGAAGAUGUCUUUUUGCCCCAAGAUGAGAAAUUCGUGACAGCCUUAGAUUUAAAUCGCCAUUUUGAGGAUUUUGAUGACGCAUUGGCCCCGGAUGAUGACGAGCCGCAGUAUGCAAACUCUAUCAAUAGAGACACUAGGGUAGACAUUGAAAGGGCUUCUAGAGGUGUCACCGGGAAUGGGCAGUUGAAUGGAGAAGAAAAAACUGAAUCUCAAAUAAAGGAUGUUUCCAAAGAAUUCAAGACUCUCGGAAUGAGUGAUAAGAAUGUUAUAAAGAAAAGUGAUAAUACUACAGUUUCCGCACCACUAACUAAACCCAUUAGUCAGCCAACAGAUAAUGAAUCCCAGUAUUCUGAUGCGAUGUCUCAUACUAGAAGUUCAAGUGAUGUUAAGCUUCCUUUUAUUGCUUCUAAAACCGACGACAUAGAAAUAUCACCUUUUCAAUCUCCUUCGAAACAAGGUAGGUCUUCUCAAAACAUAACACAAAAGAAUAAGUCAUCAAUUCUCAGACGUUCUCCCAGCGAAGAAUUCGAUAUAUUAUCAACUAGGAGUAUGAGGAGUAAUAGAAGCAGGGUGAGUUUCCGAGGAGUGGAUAUCAUUAAUGCCGAUGAUGGCCAAAGGACUGCUUCGCGUCUGCUGAAAAAGCUCUCCGAAAAAGAAAUGUAUGACGCCGCUCUUAACGCAGCCACUGCAAAGAUUUAUGGAUCCCCCGACCAUGCCAACAGCAAGUCCUCGUUUGAAAGAAAUUUGAACCAAGAAAAUCAUGUUCGUAGUGAUAGACGAUACUCCAUGAGAUCGGAGAACCGAUCCAAUUAUAAUCCUCCUAAAUUGAGAAAGAAAUUAUCAAUAUCAGAUUCCCUAAAGAGUAUAUCAUUAAAUUCUAAAAGUGCAUUUCAGAGAACAGAGCCAAAACAUAAGAAGCCAACAGGUGUUGUCCCUACAUCUCCUCUGGUAAAUUCCAUCUCAGCAAAUAAUGGAACAUUGAGAAAUUCUGAGAAGAAAAAGAAGUUGUCCAGGAAAGAGAAACGGUAUCUCAAAGAGAAAGUUAAAUUGGAGAACAUGGAUUUAUCUGCAGAGAUCAGAGCAGCCCAAAAUAGUUACAAUAAAAAGCACAAGGAUGAUCCAUAUGUUACGCCCGAAGCUCUAGAUCAGACACAAUUGAUUAGGGAAGAGACUCCAGAAGCACUAAAUAACACAAACAUUGAAAAUUCUUCAUUGGUAGACAGUACUGGUAAUGAUCCUAACAAGGUAGGUGAGCAGGUGAAGAAGAAAAGAAAAUUCAACUUAUUAAAGCUCAAGUGGAACUGA